GCUCCCCUCCAGGCUUGCUCCUCCCCCACCAGGCUCCUGUUUCCAAUGCACGUACUACCCGUCCACACGGUAUGCUGGGACACCCCGCAGUCAGCCACAUGGCUCCCCUGUGCCCCAGCCCCUGGCUCCCUCUGCUGAUUCCCGCCCCUGCCCCAGGCCUUACUGUGCAAUUGCUGCUGUCACUGCUGCUCCUGGUGCCUGUCCGUCCCCAGAGCAUGCUCCAGAUGCAAGGGGAUCCCCCCAUUGGAGGAGGUUCGUCUGGGGAAGAUGACCCACUAGGUGAGGAAGAUCUGCCCAGUGAAGAGGAUCCCCCUGGAGAGGAGGAUCCACUUGGAGAAGAAGAUCCACUUGGAGAAGAAGAUCCACAUGAAGUUAAGCCUGAACCAGGAGAAGAAGACUCCCUGAAGUUAGAGGAUCUACCUACUAUUGAGGCUCCCAGAGAUACUCAAGACCCCCAGAAUAAUGCCCACAGGGACAAGAAAGGCGAUGACCACAGUCAUUGGCGCUAUGGAGGAGACCCGCCCUGGCCGCAGGUGUCCCCAGCCUGCGCAGGCCGCUUUCAGUCCCCGGUAGAUAUUCGCCCCGAGCUCGCCGCGCCGUGCCCCGCCCUGCGACCCCUGGAACUCCUGGGUUUUGAGCUCCCGCCACUCCCAGAACUGCGCCUGCGCAACAAUGGCCAUACUGUGCAGUUGACUCUGCCUCCCGGGGUACAGAUGGCCCUGGGUCCUGGGCAGGAAUACAGGGCCCUGCAGCUGCAUCUGCACUGGGGGGCUCCAGGGCGCCCAGGCUCAGAGCACACCGUUGAUGGCCACCGCUUCCCUGCCGAGAUCCAUGUGGUUCAUCUCAGCACCGCAUUUACCAAAGUUGACGAGGCCUUGGGGCGCCCGGGAGGCCUGGCCGUGUUGGCCUCCUUUCUGCAGGAGGGGCCAGAAGAAAAUAGUGCCUAUGAGCAGUUGCUGUCACAUUUGGAAGAAAUCGCUGAAGAAGGCUCAGAGACUUGGGUCCCAGGACUGGACAUAUCUGCACUGCUACCCUCUGACCUCAGCCGCUACUUCCGAUAUGAGGGGUCUCUGACCACACCUCCCUGUGCUCAGGGGGUCAUCUGGACUGUGUUCAACCAGACAGUGAAGCUCAGUGCUAAGCAGCUCCACAUGCUCUCUGGCUCCCUAUGGGGACCCAGUGACUCCCGACUACAGAUGAAUUUCCGAGCGACACAGCCUUUGAAUGGACGAGUGAUUGAGGCCUCUUUCCCUGCUCAAGUGGACAGUAGUCCUCAGACCAUUGAGCCAGUCCACCUAAAUUCCUGCUUUGCUGCUGGUGACAUCCUGGCCCUGGUUUUUGGCCUCCUCUUUGCUGUCACCAGCAUCACCCUCUUUGUGCAGAUGAGAAGGCAGCACAGAAGUGGGACCAAAGCAAUUGUUAGCUACCACCCAGCAGAGGUCGCUGAGACUGGUGCCUGAACUUGGAGAAUGUGCAGACAAGCCGGCUAGAGAAAUCUGAGGGGGAGCUGGAAACUUUGUCCUGCCCUGCCCAUUAUACCACUUCCUUUUCAACCUCCAAAGAAUUUUUUAAAAUAAAUAUUUCUGAUAAA